AUGUCGGCCCUGAGCUUUGCAAGACAUGCCUUUGGCAGAGAGAAGCCACAUUCUUCUAUCACAGAUUGGGUGGAAAUCCUAACAUCGGCUAACAUCGCGGAAGAGGCCUACGAUGGAAUACCCGAACUAGUUGAUUCGAUUAAGCUCCAAGCUUCAGGGCCUGCUGAAGCAUCGCGAGCGCUGAGGAAGAAGCUCAAGCAUGGCAAUGCUCAUCAGCAGUAUCGUGCGUUGGUUAUCCUGAAAGCUCUCGUCGAGAAUUGCGGCCAGAAAUUCCAAAGUACCUUUGCCGAUGGACAGAUGACAGAUACCAUAAGAAAUCUCUUGAACGACCCGAGUACGGACAGGCGAGUGAAGAAGAAACUUUCUCUGGUUCUUGCAUCUUGGCAAGAGCAAUAUAAAGAUGACCCUUCCAUGUCUGCUGUCACAAAUCUGUCUAAGCCCCGGCGAGAUGAGUACGUGAACCACCAGGAGCUAGCAAACUUGAUGGGGUAUAAUCUAGCGGUUGAAGAGAAAAAGUGGGCCGAGGAAAGGGAGGCGAAGAAAAAGAAAAAGAGGGAAAAAGAGGAAAGGGCCAGACUCGAAGCCGAAAAAAGAAAUAAAAAGAAGAGGGAACCAUUCGAGUUUGAGAAACACAAGGCGGUCGUACUCGCCAGUAUUGUGGAUGCGUCUCAAGCCUCGAACAAUUUAGUAAAUGCGAUAACUCUGGUUAACCUGGAUACCGACAGUUUGGAAACGAAUGAACGCGUUCAGGAGUGCCUCCAAAAGGCAAAACAGGCUCGCAAAGCUGUGUUGGUCGAAAACGAAGAAGUCAUUGGGACAUUAAUUGAAACAAACGACCGGUUAAUGUCUGCGAUUGAAACAUACGAAUCAUUAACAGGAUUCACGGACUCCAAGGCUGACGGUACAGGAACCAUUACAUCAACAUUAGCUGCAACCACAAUCAGCUCACCGUCAAGCAAUACCACUCCCAAUUUUGAUAGUACCGCCAAAGGGAAACAGCGCAUCGAGGAACACCCUGUACAUAUCCACCCCGAUUUAGAGGACCUGAGCUUUGGAGCUCUGGGUGAGGCUUCAUCUAAACUUCCGGCACCUAUGCGACCUUCUACACUCUCGGACGACGAACAGGAAAUACCUGACCAUCGGGGAUCCUUGUCAGAGUAUAGUGAUUAUGAAUCUUCCGACGAGGAGACCCAUAAACGAAACCCUGGCCCAUCCACUAGACGGGCGUACGUUACGGUAUCAGAUAACGAAGAUACUCCCCCAACAAAGGGCCAAGCCCGAGAACUUGAUCCGUUCGCGGAUCCUUUCGCGGAUACAUAA